CAUUGAAUCUGUUGAACAUCUAGAUUACAUAACAGAGCCAGAUCCUCCCAUUGUAAUUAAAAGUAGUAUUGAAUCUAUAGGUUACGUGCCAAAAUUAGAUAAACCUAUCGUAAGUAAGAGCAGUAUUGAAUCCAUAGGUAACAUGCCAGAAUCGAAUAAGCCUACCAUUUCAAAUGAGACCGUUUCCAAUACUAUAGGAUCAAAAGCUAGAAAAGCUAAGACUCAAGAUUACAAUAGCAGUCGUGAAUCUCCAACAUUUGCAAUUUGCUGUGCCCAUGGUAAAGUUUGUUUACAACCUUUAUCUAAACCACCAUCAUAUUUGCUGGAUCUGUACACAUUAACUGGAUCUGAUGCUGAUUCAUUUUGCAAAAACAUUAGGGGCUAUAAUAACAUCUUAGCGUGUAUGUUAUUUGGAGCUAAUAUAAAUAAAUUUCAAGGACGAGAAGUGUCUAAUUUCCAGAUUCAUGGCCAAGUCUAUCACCACAUCGGAUCAUUACUGCCAGCGGAUCACACGCCUGUAUUUGCUCAACUAUAUGUUUACGAUACUGCGCAUGAAG